UAAACACACACAAAGAAACAGAGAGAGAGAGAGAGAGAGAGAGAGAAAUAGCUGUAAACACAGAUCUGACCGUCUGUGAUAGAGUCAUGUCUAUGUCCCCGGUGUCGGGACUGAAGGAAGCUGGCCUGCGUAACACAGGGCUGCUCAACAAGACCUCUCCACCCUUCUCCAGCAUGGGAGAAAUCAAAAACUUCACAGUGCAGAGUUUGGACCUGGACAGCUUUCUGUCGGUGAAGGUUAAAAUCCGUCAUGAUGGGCUGUUGGACUCCAGCCUGAAGACCAACUUGGAGUACGCCAUGCAGACCCUGGAUGCCUUUCCUGCACCGAAGCGGUACGACGCCUCUCUCACCGUGGAGGGUGAGCGACAGCUGGUGCGCAUUACGGCCGGAACACCAGUCCUGCUCUACAGUGUCCGUUUGGGCCCUAAAGGACCAGAGCUGUACCAGAAGGUUCUGGUGGGGGCCCGACUCACUCCGUCAUGCCUGAACGAUGGCCACUUCGCGGGGCAUCAGUGCCAGGACGAGCUGGAGAGUUGCAUGGACCAGGCCAAAUGUAUUCUGAACCACGAGGUCCAGAACAACCCCACAGGCCUAAGCGAUGUGGAGCUGAGGAUAUCCUGUGGGGAGCUGCGCCUCACCUACCUUACCCAUCAGCCCCAGCGCAGUCUGGUGGUGCAGCCACGUCGUAGGGCCUACCUGGGCAAGACACUGAACCUGGAGAAGGUUCUAGAGCUGAAGACGCGUCUGGAGCGGUCAGGGGUCAUGGGGAAAGGUCUGCUGGCUUGCUUCCAGCACCUGCUGCUCCACUACACUACGUUUCAGGAGGAGAACUGUCGCCUCGUUCUUCAGAGCGAUGGUGAGAUGCUGGAGCUGGUCUACGGAAGGCCCGACUACCACAGCACCCAGCAUUACAUCUUCACAGACAGCCAAAACCAGGCCUACAGCCACAGGGUGCAGGACAUUGACUUGUGGGAGUAUGACUAAGGAGGUCAUGAGGUUUCUGUAUUGAAUUGAAAUAUCAUCUUACAUAAGAUCUAAAAAAAGAAUCAGUAGGUGUUAGAUUUCGUGACUUAUUCAUGCUGUACCCAUUUAUACUAUCUAGAAGCAAGUGUAUAUCACAAUACCUACAUUCAGAGUUUUAUUAAUAUAUAUUCACCCUCAGGGGCGGAUCUAGCCAUUUUGGGGCCCUAGGCAAAAUAUAAACAAGGGGCCCUCAUUCUUAAAACACACACAUAAACCAAAUAACUAGAGAUGGAACGAUCGAUCGGCAGUGUAUCGGUAUCAGACGAUUUUCAGCCUAAAUACGGUAUCGGCGAUCGGCAGAUAUUCUUCUGAUUUUAGCCGAUCUGAUUCAGGAGUUUAGGGUUAAGCAGUUUAUCAGAGCUGUGUGUGGAUGAAACUGGUGAAACUGCUCGCUGACAGGAAGCUGCAGUUCCUCAUCCAACCACUAGUCGGAGCUGCAGCAGCAGCAGCACAAGCCCCCCUGUCUACACUCAGUCAGAGCUACAACCCAGCCACGGGCUACAGUGCUUAGCUUUUCUUAAAUUCAUCUGUGUAGGAAAUAAAGGUUUUAACCCCACUAACCGGAUAAUACAGCUCUCUACAGUUAAUCUUUCAGCCCAACCAGCUAACAGCAGCAGAUUAGAGGCACCGUCACGGAGUCACUGCUCGGAUUACAUUAUAAACAGGUCAGUUAGCGCGCUGCUCACCUCAUGAUGUUUAUAACUACGGAGUUUAGUGGACACACCACGGCUGCAAGGUUAGACUGUUGAAGGCUACUGAAGACUAUUAAAGCAGACAUCCCA